AUGGAAAUUGAUCCCAAUUUGAAUGUCACGGAAUUAGAAGAAGAUGUAGCAGGUUCCGAAGAAGCUUCCCGUUCUGCAGAUCUUCGUAGAACUAUGUCAAGUUUGAUGAAUGCCAUUCCUGGUAUUGACGAGUACAUGUCUUAUACUGAAGUUUUUCGUCUUGUCCGAUCUCUGGAUUACUCUGUUGUGGUCUUUGACACCGCACCCACUGGUCACACAUUGCGUCUCCUCGCUUUCCCUGAACUAGUCGAGAGUGGAAUGAACAAACUUAUGAGGAUCAAGAACUCCAUCGCCCCGAUGCUCAAUCAAAUGAUGUCUUUCCUGGGUGUUGGAGGUCAAGGUGGUGUUCUUCCGCCAGAAGAAUUCUCCCAAGCUAUUGAGGAGAGACUUCCAAUUGUCAAAGAGAUCACCCGGCAAUUCAAAGAUGCCAGUCAGACUACCUUCGUCUGUGUUUGUAUCGCGGAAUUCCUUAGUAUGUAUGAGACUGAGAGGCUUGUCCAAGCUCUAGCUGAACAGGAGAUUGAUAUCCGCAAUAUAAUUGUUAAUCAACUCCUCUUCCCCAACUUAGAGAAUAAAGAUGACAAAUCGCUAAUGGAAUUGGAUGUGCCAACCGACUGUACAAUGUGUAAAGCACGGCAUAGGAUUCAGUCGAAGUAUCUUGAACAAAUACUUGAUCUCUACGACGAUAUGCAUGUUAUUCAACUGCCUCAGCUGGAACAGGAAGUUAGAGGGAAGGAGAGGAUAUGUGCCUUCUCGAAGUACCUACUAUCAUCUUUUGAGAGGCCUCCACAAAAUGUGAAACAUUAA